UACAUUGCACUGUCCAUGGUAGCUACUGUUGGCGUUGAUAUGAUAGGUUUUACGUUUAUCCUCUGUUCAUUCCUGAUUCCGAUGACUCUGAACUUACUGGUAUUGUAAGUCCAUAAUCCUUCUACGCGAACUGGCCCAGUGAACUUCGUUCGUCACAGAAUUAUGAUGCUUAUAAAGAGGUUUGACUUCAAGAUCUUCCGGCUCAACCUCAAGACACCCGGCUUCGUAGUACGAAUAGUCAGGAAGCCGGAAAAGUGGGAGUUCAAUCGUCGCGACCGCCAAAAAAGACUGUUAGAAUUAUUAGAAAAGGAAUUGGAGACCUUGCGCCAAGAGUAUCUUGAUCUUCAAGAAGAGUUGGAAGCCAUUGGAUCACAAGAAGUUUGAGAUGUUGUCGACGAAAAUCAAUGAUGGGAAUGAUAAAGCAUGAUAUAUAAUGUUGUAAAAUCUGAAUUGAUCCUCC